CCCUUACGCCACUCCACAAUUAUUUUUCUUUUAAGUUUAAGCACAGACACUACCCCGCUUCUCGUUCUUCUCUUCUUCCCACAAUCAAACCCUACUCCACUCUGAACCAAAGAUUUCGAUUUCCAUGUCUGUCCCUGUUGGCGGAGGAGGAGGAGGAAGGGUAGCGCCGAGGGUAUCGACAAGUUUAUCAUGUCUUGUUGAUUAAGUUUGCAUUUCAGCCGAAUGCAUCGUCCGGGAUGGGCGUCUCCGAUCACAGCAAAACCAUGUAUGUGGAAUUGCAGCGCCGGAAAGUGCACCGCUAUGUGAUAUUCAAGAUUGACGAGAAGAAAAGGGAAGUCGUGGUUGACAAGACGGGCAGCCCGGCCGAGAGUUACGAAGACUUUGUUGCAUCUUUACCUGAGAGCGACUGCCGUUACGCUGUCUUCGACUUUGAUUUUGUGACUUCAGAAAACUGCCAAAAGAGCAAGAUCUUCUUCAUCACAUGGUCGCCUUCGGUCUCCCCAAUUCGAGCAAAGAUGCUUUACGCAACAUCUAAGGAGCGGUUUAGGCGCGAGCUACAGGGCAUACACUACGAGAUCCAGGCUACCGAUUCUACUGAAAUGGACCCCGACAUAAUCAGAGGACACGCUAAUUGAAGACUAAUGGAUUCUUACAAGUACUAUGUUUGAACCUCUCUUGAUAUCGAUGUCCCGUUUAGAUGAGCUGAGCUUGCGGUUACUCGGUCUUGUGAUGCUUGGCAAUGUAAAAAAUUUCGAUAAUUGCUUGUAAUUUUUAUAUACGUAUAAUAAUCUGGCUGCUCCUCGUCUUGAGAGUCAAAUGCUGGACUCUCUAACAGAGAGUAUAAAUGAGUGAAUGUUUUAGCCAUUCUUGCAAGAUGGAUGUAAUGAAGGUAUUUGAACAUGACACAAAAUUUGAUGACAUGGGACAAUUAGGACCAUGCCAAUUAAAUAUAUAUACGACAUAUAAUGGUUGAAACCCAA